UAGUGUCUUUAUAUACAGUUAGCGUUAAAAGUGCAUUAAAAUGCAUCGACUCGGUACUGAUGAAACUCACUGAUAAUGCAGAAGUAGUUACAGGAGAAGUCAGUGUUGUGUCGAGUCUGUAACAGCAAGAGUGAAGAAUCAUGAAGAAACACUACUUUGUAUAAGUUAGCUGACGAGCUGAGUGCUGGGUUUCCAGUGUUAAAGCAGUGUUCAUUAAUAUGUAGACAGGCAGUGUUCUUUUAAAGAACAGUGGAGUGUGUAUUGGUGUACUUAGUUUAAAACUGACAUUAAUAAAAGCAACUACUCAGUGAAGAACAAAGAUGAUGUACUCCUCACGAAGAAAACCCGUACUGUAUUUUAAAGAGGACAGAAGAUUUUCAUGGAGGAGGUGUACAGUGUUAAAACUCUUCGUUCUCUGCAUGAUGCUCAUCUUCAGCUCUUUUCUCUGGCUGCAGCUGAGCUGUUCGGCUGAUCUGAACCAGGCAUUAGUGGUCGAUCGUCCUCCUUAUCAGCCGUGUCCUGCAGACAGACAUACCUCAGCCGCUGAUGAGCCCUCCUGGGGCCCUCACAAAAUGGCUCUCAUCAUCCCUUUCCGGGAGCGCUUCGAAGAGCUUCUUGUUUUUGUUCCGUACAUGCAUGCGUUCCUCAACAAAAAGAAAAUACGGCACAAGAUUGUUGUCAUUAACCAGGUGGAUCACUUUCGGUUCAACAGAGCCUCUCUUAUUAACGUUGGCUACAUGGAGAGUGGGAAUGAUACAGACUACAUUGCAAUGCAUGACGUGGACCUGCUGCCUCAAAAUGAAGCUCUGGACUAUGGAUUCCCGGCAGAGGGACCCUUCCAUGUAGCCUCACCAGAUCUUCAUCCAUUAUACCAUUACAAGACAUAUGUUGGGGGAAUUCUUUUGCUCACCAAGAAACACUAUGAUUCUUGCAAUGGCAUGUCCAACCGGUUCUGGGGAUGGGGAAGAGAAGACGAUGAGUUCUUCAGAAGACUGAGAGCAGCUGAUCUGCAGCUUUUUAGGCCAAAGGGAAUAAACACUGGCUAUAAAACGUUCAGGCACAUUCACGAUCCUGCCUGGAGGAAGAGAGAUCAGAAGAGAAUAGCUGCACAAAAGCAGGAACAGUUUAAAGUUGACCCAGUGGGUGGUCUGACCAACCUACGCUACAUAGUAGAAUCGCGGCAGGAGCUGACCAUCAGUGGUGCCCCCUGUACUGUUGUCAACACUUUACUGGAGUGUGAUUUGAACCAGACUCCAUGGUGCCAAUUCAGCUAACAUGGUGUUCUUAUGCCAGAUGCCAUGACGAUGCCAUCUCCUUGUUGCUGACAGUUUAACUUCAGUAAUCACCGGUUAUUUUCAUCAAUUAGUAUUAGGAACAAGACUUUGAUUAUAUUUCUACUGGACAAUAUUGCUUCGUAAGACCUUAAUGAAGCUGACUCUCUCAGCUCUCAGUUUUUCUCAGAAAGAGCUGAACACAUUUCAGGUACUGCAACAAGGCUUCAUCAGUGAUGUUACUAGUAAUAAGCUUUCUGUAGAAAUAUUUUUCAAAAGAAGAGUCUCCAGCUGUAGCAUUGACCUUUUCGGGCCCUUUCUCAUGGUCCUGUUAGUCAAAUUUUAUUAACCUUGUUCUUGACAGAAUUAUGUAUGCUGUAUUUAGAAUAAAUGUGUCACUUGAGGACACAAGAUGGUUUAAGGUACAGUGAGUACAUUUGCACACGUUAUUUAUAUAAAAUAUUUUAGACCAGUCUGGGUGUUUUUAUACUACUUCUAUUUCAUGUCUGUACAUUUUUUUUACUCUCUGGUUAAAUGGUGCAGCAUGCUGGCUUAGUAGGUAGUGUUGGUGCUGCGAAAGUCAGUAUGUGAUUUACUUUGUAAAUGAGUGGAAAUUCAAGCAAAGAACUAGAGUCCUGCACAGCAUUUAAAGAUUCCUGGGUAGACACUGGACACACUGUUACCCUGAUAAAGAUUAAGUUGUUUAUAAAGAUGACAAAAUAAAUUGUCUAAUUUAA